AAAGAAGUGUGCUUGGCUUUUAAUUUGUUAAUUGUGCCAACUGUGCCAAACAGAAAUCAUAGCCAUGAACAAAUUCGCUACUUUGGCAGUAUUCAUCUGCGCCUAUCUGGCUGUCGGCAGCUGUUAUGGCGGCGGACAUGGUGGAUAUGGUGGUCCCAUUGGUGGCCCCAUUGGCGGUUAUGGCGGCAAUGAUGGUGGUGCCGCUUCGGCUGCUUCCAGCUCGGCUGCUGCCGCCGGUGGCAACGAACAGCGCCCCGUUGAGAUAAUUGCCGGUGGACCACGUGGAGGUUAUGGCGGCGGUUAUGGUGGAAACCACCAUGGACACCACGAAAUCCUCCGCCCCAUCCGUCUGGAGGGAGGCUAUGGCGGUGAGCGUCUGGGACAUGGUUAUGGCGGUGAGCGUCAGGGUCCCCAUGGCGGUUAUGGCCAGAGACACGGUGGCUAUGGACGUCCCCGUUGGACUGUCCAGCCAGCUGGCGCCACUCUCCUCUAUCCCGGCCAGAACAACUACCGUGCUUACGUCUCUCCCCCAGAGUACAGCAAGGUGAUUCUGCCCAUCCGCCCAGCUGCUCCAGUUGCCAAGCUUUUCGUCCCAGAGAACAACUACAACAACGCUGGCUACGGUGUUGAGGGACCCAAAUACUAAACCAAUUAGUAUGAUGAUGUCUCCGUCCACUUUUUUGCUUCACCCUUUUCAAAUGAAUUUCUAGUGGAUUGUGUAAAUACCAUCAAGCUGUUCCCGUAAAUGGCUUAAAAAAUAAAAAAUCUACAAAAAAACCACAAACAAAAAAA